UUAGACCAUGAUGAUGAGGAAGGCAUAAAAGGGGAAUAUAAAGAUGAAACUUACUAUAUUAAAUAUAAGGUACUAACCCCCGAAUAUCUGGAUUGGUAUUCCAAAUUAACUGAUUUACCAACCACUAUAUCUGAUAAACUUCGUUCCAAGUUAUAUAAAAUAUAUAAGAAAAAAACUGGCCUCAAUCCCUGGAGGAUGUCUGAAACUCUCGAACCCCUACAAAUCAAAAAGACUGAUAAUUACCUUUCACAGGAUUGCAUUAUCAAAAUUUCUAAGUUUCCAGAAGAAAAAAGCACAAUCCAUGAAGCAGUACAUAAACGUUUCCCUUUCUUGUCAUAUACUAAAUCGAAUGCAUGGUACCGAGAUGUUUUUAAAUAUACAGAUCUAGAAGCUAAAUGUCCGAUAUGUAAAGAGGUACAUACACAUCGAGGUAUAUGGGGCGACUGGAUAAGUGUACUAAACAAAACCUGUCUUUAUCAGCCAGAGGCCAGCUUACGCCAAUAUGCCAUCGAACAUGGAAUGGAUCCCGAGAAAUUUUCGGUCAUUACUGAGGCUGAGAAAAAUAGAUGGGCUAUGGGUUGUUUUCCCGCUGACUUGGAAAGAGAUAUACGCUUCUAUCGUGGUGGAAUAGAAAGGAAUGAAGAUACUAGAAAAUAUCACAAAUUUCUAACAGAUCGGGAUAGGCUGGUUGGUGAAGAGUUAUUACGUCGAAGUAUACUAAAGAGUGGUUUAAGUACUGCAUGGCUUGAUGAUCUUAUGAACGAAUGGGAAAAAAUCCAUGCUCAAUUCACACAGAUAUUUUUUGAGGAAAAGUCUUUAUUUGUACCGCAG